AUCUAGACAACAACAAAGAGAUGAACGGAGGAAACAACGGUUUUGGAUUUGGAACUGGACCGCAAGGCCCUCCCCAAGGAGGAGGGGGAGGUUGGAAUGGCGGACAAGGCAACCAAGGAGGAUGGAAUGGCAACAAUGGAGGAGGAUGGAAUAACGGAAACGGAGGAGGAGGAUGGAACAAUGGGAAUGGCGGAAAUACGGGAGGAUGGAAUAACGCUAAUGGAGGUAAUCAGAACAAUGGAGGAGGGAACUGGAGUAACAAUGGGAAUGGGGGAGGAUGGAACAACGGAGGAGGAUGGAAUAACGGAGGAGGCAGUUGGCAGCGAAGAGGACCUAAGUGCUACAAUUGCGGACAAAUCGGGCACAUCGCACGAGAGAGUCAUGGCCAGAGUUGGAGGGAAUCUUUGCCAUCAUAGUGCUGCCGUGACUUUGAGGUCAGAGAGUGAGGGAAGCUCAGGGGCUGAUCACAAGGGACGGAAUCAGACCCUGCCGACUGCAGUUGUGAGAUGCGGAAUAUGUCUGCUGGUUUUGAUUGCUCUUCGAGCCAUCAUCCUGCAGAUCCUGUAUCCUGUUCCACCUACAAGCACAAAUGGCUCUGGCAUUGCUGAACCACUGAUGCCAGCCCUGCAUGUGACACUUCAAGAUGGGAGACGGAUCGCCUACAAGGAGUGGGGAGUUCCCAAGGCUCGGGCGCUGUUUCACUUUGUAGUUGUUCAUGGGCUUGUGUCAUCAAGGCUUGCAGGCAUGCCGGGAGUCAAGGCUGGAUUGCUGGAGGAGUUCCAUAUCCGCAUGAUCAGUUAUGACCGCCCAGGAUUCGGACAAAGUGACCCCCAACCACAAAGAACACUCAGGACAGGAGCGGAAGACAUGGCUGCGUUAGCUGAUGCUCUGGAGCUUGGAGACAAGUUCUGGAUUCUCAGCUAUUCAGGUGGAGGACCCCAUGCAUGGGCCGCGGCACGGUUCAUACCGCACCGCAUCGCGGGGUUAGUCCUCUGCGCUCCCAUGGGAAACCCCUUCUGGCCGAACUUCUCUCCCGAGGAACUGAGGAACAUUAGGAAGACACUUCUGCUGAACAAGAGGGUGCUAUUAUGGAUGUCGCGCCGUGUGCCGUGGGCGGUUGCGCCUGCGCUUGAUUGGUUUGUGAUGCCCAAUUUUUUGCGAUUGGCAAUUGAUAGUUUGAGGCAGCGAGUGGGUCACCUGGACAGGAUCUUCAUAGAUGCAAAUGCUGAUAAUAUCCUCACCGAUCUGCGGGAGGCAGUGCAGCAAAACAGUGUGCGCCCCAUCGCGGAGGAGCUCAUCCUUUACUCAAGAGACUGGGGCUUCAGCCUUGAGACACUUAACUCAUCCAUCACUCGAGUUCUCUGUGUCUCCACUCCAAUCCUCUCAAAAGCAGACGCUGAUAUGCAAACAGCAGACAAGAAAAUGGGAUUGCCUCAAUCAUCUCCAUCAUCAUGCUCCUCCUCCUCCCUUUCCUUCUGUCCUCACUCAAACCAUGUUGAAGUUCCUCUUCAUCAGGACGAAGUGGUGGACAAGGAUGAUCACGAUCAAGAUAGAGUUGGAAGGCAGUGUGCUCCCCACUGGCAAGUGGAGACAGGAGAGGUGAGGGUUUUACAAGAUGCAGGCCGCAAGGCUUCGGAGAUGCAAGAGAGUUCUGGCCACACGUUCCCAGUGCACGUCUUUCACGGGACAGAUGAUCGGCAUGUCCCAUAUGAUUACAGUGCAUAUAUAAAGCGGACAUUGCCAGCUGUACAAUUGCAUACGCUUGAAGGUCAUGGCCACUUCUCAUGGUUCUGUGACUGUGAUGUUUGCCAACGGCAAAUGCUGAACAAUGUCCUCGGUGCAUCUGCACGAUGUUGACGGUGGCGGAAGACAUCGGGGCUUUUGAUGUCCACUGAAAGUCCUCCCUUAGCCCUACCAUGGUCGUAAGUGUCAGGAUGACGACACAGAGGUCAGCGAAGUGGAAUCGCAGAUGAUUAUGUUCAAAGAAUAUUUAUUUGUACUGUCUGCUGGACAGUCCGCAUAGCAUCUAACCUUAUCUUUAAGCGUUUUUCGGCCACAGGUGUGUUUCUUUGACUCACCUCUUCUGUCACGCCUCACUUUCGGGCGGAUUGUCGCAUAUAUGGAUCACAUACAUUUCGUCCCACAUACGUUGUAUCGACGAGAUAUAUAUCGAUCACACUACGAUGGCUUACUAUCUAUAGAUAGAUGCCAAUUGGAGUAUGUAUUGUAUUUGUAUUGUAUAUAGACUUGAAUACAAUACGGGUCUCACUUCACUCACAAACUCAUCCUUCUCUGGGAAAGGUCAUAUACGUAUGUAUUCCGUAAUCUGCUGAAAUUUAAUUAUAAAAAUAAAUCGUCUGUAUACGUGAUGGAGGCUCGCAAGAGUCAGAGCUGCGGCGGAGCCUCUACCAAGGGGCGAUUUGGUUAUUAUUUGGAAGUCUUUAAUUUAAUUUGACCAGGACGUAGUGCUCACACGGCCCUUAAUGUUACAAUGGGUACCUUUCAUGGUGCACAAUUGUAUAUUGAAGGAUCUCUGCCACGAAUCAUCAUUCGAUAAUGUUAUCGAUAAACUAGUAGGUUUAUA